AUGGCCACCCUUCAUUCUAAUUAUUUAUUAUCAACACUAUUCUUGUCACUAUUACUUGUAUCUCUUGUCCAGAGUACACAUUUCAGAUUUGGAACAAUAUCAUGGAUGCCAGUAUCCAGAGCUAAAUAUAAUACUAUAGAGUUCAGUGUCGAACUGGGCUUUAGAACCGAUUAUGUAAACUUUAUGACUGUACAAGUGGGCCAACCAAUCGUUGGCUACAACAAUGACAACUACACUGGCACCGACAUUGGCACACUCUACUUUGGCCAGGACGAUGACUAUGAACAACCAGUGUGUGUGGUCAACUCAAAGAAUGACCAGGACAACUGGUUCACUUGUACCGCCACCGUGUACUAUACCUACCCCACGCAGAGUGCCUCCUACGACGUGCACUUUGAAGGCUUCGCCCGUCUGCGCAGUCUUUUAAACAAUGCCAACAGCAGCUACUCAAUCUCCUCCUCCGUCCACAUUGCUCCACCAACCGCCAAUGGACUGGUCCAACAAUCGGUCGUUGGCAGUACACUGCCAAUCAUCACAAUGACCAAGGGUGUGAACAAUAGUUUCCAGAUGGUGGCCUACAACUCGGACCCAAGCCGAACACUCCAUUUCCGUCUUGCCACACCCACCGAGAUGGGCAGUAGCAAGCUCACCCAACCCGUCGGACUGACCGUGUCGACCACUGGUAUCCUGUCGUUUGUGCCACCCACCGAGGGACUCUACUCGACCCAAGUGAUCAUCAGCAAUGGUUAUGAUUAUGUGGCCGUUGACUUUAUCAUUAGUGCCGACAACAAUGUCAAUGUACCAUUCUUUAUCGACCCAACUCCACACAAUGAGGACAUUAUCAAGUGUGCUCCUGACGUACCAGUCACAUGGACCUACAAGGCUGCCUCCAACCUGACCAAUGCCAUCGUCACAAUAUUUGACGCCAACCUACCAGUUGGUGUUACCAGUACCACUUCGGGAGCCAAUCCAACAACAGUCAUCUCCAACUGGACACCAAACUUCCGACAAAUCGGUAGUUAUGUUGUAUCAAUUGGUGCAAAGGAUCAAAGAGGUGUAUAUUCAACAUCACAAACUUCUUUUAUUCUUUUAGUUGAAUCUCCACCAUGUGGACAUGGACAACUUAAACCAUCAUGUAAUGUAAACUCCAAUCCACAGGGAUGUUGUACAUGCCAGACUGGAUUUGAUCCAUCGACCAAUUGUUUCGAAUGUCUUCCAGGUCACUUUGGUGAUUCCUGUGCACUUGACCCAGUUUGCAUUCAUGGACAAGUCAACUCUGGCUCUUUGGGUGAUGGUACAUGUGUUUGUGACUAUGGAUACACUGGAGUGACCUGUGACAAACCAUUGAAUGACUAUUGUAACUCUGCCGAAGGUUCAAGUGUCUAUCAAUCUUCCAAGAAUGGUGGUUUCCUCACACCCUAUGACAUUGAUGUCUAUGUUGCACCGACUGGUCCAGCCUUUGCCGUACCCAUCAAGUUGUUGGCCAACCCCACUCCCAACCUACUGGACAUCUACGUCGUGUUGGACAUUACACCAACCAAUGAGUUCCGUCGCGCCGACUACCAACAAAACAUUGGUUCAUUCAUCUACCGUCUACAAAACUACAAUGCCAAUGUUAACUUUGGACUGGGAUUCUUCUCUGACCUUGGAUUUUACUCGUUUGACUUCCAACAUGUCCUCCCCAUCGGCUCACCAAUCGCACCAUACUUCCAAUCCAAGCAGACCUACAACUCGUUGUACGUUAACUCUACAAUGAACAGUUUGAAAGCAUUGAACGCUGCCGCCUCUACUGGACUUGGUUGGAGACGUGGUGCCUAUCGUCUGGUGCUCAUACUCACUGAUCACGACUGUGACACCUUCACAUCGUCAUUUGCCAACGAAGUACACAACAACUUGGUCAACAACUUUAUAAUGCCAGUGGUUCAAUCAGUUGGCGGUGCCCCAUUAGACAAUUGGAACCAAUUCCUUUCGAGCAAUAAGUUUGGACUGUCUGAUAUCUCUAACAAGUCUGGUGCCGACUGGUCUGGCAAGGCAUUGAACAGUAUCUUCAAUUCAUUCUCUACUGCCACACCAUUCAUUGUUGGUGAUACUCGUGGUUUUGUACCAAACACUGCUCUACCUACUUUCACCGUGGCCGCCAACGGUACCUAUGACCUUCCCCUUCAGGUCAAGUACCCAUCCAGUAGUGUUGCCUCUAUUACAAACGUCAACUUUUUAGUCAACGUACCAGGUUAUGGACAGACCAAUGUUAACCUAGAGUUUAACCAUGUACCAACUGCCACCUCAGUAUCAUUGACUGCCUCUACCACCCAAGCAACAACGUUUACACUACCAAUAUCCGAUCCAGACAACAACAAGAUGACUGUACGCUUCCCAACUCUACCAACCAAGGGUACUCUACGAUUGAGUGAUACCAACGCACAAGUGACCAGUACCACUGCUACCUACCCAUCAUCCCAGAGUUUCAGCUUCCAAGGUACUACGGGUGGUGUUACCGACACCUUAACCUAUGCUGUCAGUGAUGGAUGUUCAGAGGCCACUGCAACAAUCACCAUAACGAUCCAAGCAACAGUUGACCCACGUCCACAAGCAUACCCAUCUACCAUUGGUGUAUUGGCCGGAGAAGCAUACACGUUCACAGUGAACUACACAUCAAUAAUGUCCAAUGGACAAGUGUAUGUCAAGUUCCAAAGCAUCCCCGAGUAUGGAGAGUUGUCCUACAUGUUGUUUGGAACGAAGCGUGUAAUCACUGGAGUCAAUGAUGGUUCAUCCAUUCCACCUACACUCACCUACGAGCCAUCAAUCAGUGGUGUUGGUAUAACCGAUACGUUCACCUUUAGUGUUGUAACACCACAAGGCCUAGAGUCCCAGACCACCGCCACUGUCUCCUUGAUCAUCAUUGAUCGUCCACGUGACACCUAUGCACCAAACAUCAAUGUCAACACCACCACCAACUAUCCUAUCUACUUUGGUAUCCCUGCCGUGAUCCUCUACUCCAACGAACUGACCGAGAAGAUUGUAAUGACCAGCAGUGGACGUGGACAACUCUAUGGUGUGACCUGCAUGGAACCAGGCUGUCUUGUACAGCUGGACCCACGUGUUGAAUCAUACACUGCCAAGUCCAACGGACAGUAUCAAUUCCUCUAUGUACCCGAGGUCAACACAUCUGGUGAUGGACUAAUGUACAUUCAGUACACUGCUAUGGGUCGUACCGGUACAUUGAAUGGACGUGUCUAUAUCAAUGUAAAGUACGUACCACAACUACAUCCAACAAAGUUCCUCUGGUACUCUAUCAUCACUGAUGCCAUGCGUGCCGACAACAUUACCAACCCCAACCGUCAAUCAUACAUGAACCCUGUACUAUCUGACAUCCCAGCCGAUGGAACACUCACUCUACCAAAGAACUCUGUUGCCAUACUAUACUUUGGUUAUCCAUCAUUCAAUCAAUAUGGUCUGGUCAACUCUGUUGGUGGUCGUGGUCAAUUCCUACUCAACCGAAAGUACUUUAACCAACCAGUCACUGGACGUACACCACUACGUCUAAACUCUGACCAGGACUUUUACCGCAAUGGACAAGCGACAUCGUCAUUGGUGUUUGUUGCCGGUAGUGGAGAGACUGGUUAUGGAUAUGCCCGUUUGACUGGAUCGGCCAUCAUCAACCCAGAUGGUGGCGCAGUGGAGUACACUUCCAAUCCAGCAUCACUUGUGAUCAAUGUCGUCGAAGAAUUGAUCAAACCAUCAAUCACCUACAAUCCAGACUUUACAUCCACAGAUGGUGUAGUUAGAUUGAACCAAGUGAUCUAUUCCAUAGUUGAUCCAUCCGCCGAGAACACUAACGUAACAAUGGCCUUUACAUUGUUGGACAAUGAUGGAGUAGUUGUAUCCAACUCAAUAUUCCAAGUCUAUGAUCAAUGUCGCCGUGAUUAUACCUCUGACAAGUUGGCCGCCACUCAAGACAUUGUUGACAACAACUCUACCUAUGUAAUGAUUGGUACACCGGCCCAACUGUACACUCAAUUCAAUCAAUGUAGUAUUGGAUUCACUCUACCAUCCAAUCAGUUCUACACACUGUUGGUAGUAUUGAACAAUACAGCUCUGACCACACAUCCUUUGGCCAACAGUACCAACCUUGCCUCCACUACCACCGUACCCAUCAAGUUCCCAUCACAACAAUGGCAAGAUCAAGUGAACCACAACAACCCCUACGUCAUACCAGCCACAGUAGCCGCAGUAGCUGUAGUCGUAGCUGCAAUCAUAGCUGUACUAUAUGCAAAGUUUAGUGCUGCCGCUGCACCAACUUCAUCAUUCUUUGGACAAUAA